UUGGAGAAGUUGGUAAGAUCAUGGAAUUCACCUUUAUUAUCCCGCUUUUAGAUGAUCGUUAGAAAGCUACCUGAUCGCCACUUACAGUACAAUGAUACUAUCGUUAUAUGAAGGACCGCAUAAUGGCAGCCGUAGCAGUCUGAGUGAAUAGCAGGGCCGAGGAAUAACAAACAGGAGCCAAGUCUAAAACUCCUGUUAAAACAAACUUUAUUACACAGGUAGGCUUGGUGUAUGAAGAAUAUAUGCAGAAAGUGUCAUAUGUUUUAUUUAUCCUGAUAAGUGGUGGUUUCGUCAUAAAUCCCGGCUCGGUCGCUGAGCUAGGCGGGCUAAAGGCUUGACCUCGCUAGUGUAACAUGGGAAUUUAAAGGGACAUUUAGGAUUGUCGGCGCAGCCCAACUAACUUGGAUUUACUUGUCUGUCUAUAAAGAAGGUAAGCAUGGAGAGAAAGGAAAGAGGAAUGCAUUCAUCAUAUAAACUACUUCGUACGGAUAAGGACAGCACACGCUGCCAAUUUGUGUAACAAAACAAUAACUUUGUAUUUUCUCGUUAUGCUGUGGGAUCAUUGUGUGUGUACGAUAGCUAUCCAUCCGUAUAUGCUUGUCUUAUUUGAUCCCGUAAAUGCUGUGUAUGUGAGGGCUCGACUUCGGCAUGCCUGAUUAUCUAAUUCGUUCACAGUCAUAUUGAAACUAGAAACCAUAACAAUAGCUAAGAAUGGGCCAUUCACUGUGAAUAACUCGAGUGAAAAGAGAGUAUAGGCAGCCUGCAUCCAAAUCAGCAGUGCUACACUAUCGCACGCGGAUUCCAUUGAUAACUGGACACAGGCAAUGAUUGACAGCGUCAGGGAGUGAUUGAUAGUUUAUGGUGGGCAUACUCAUCAGAGCGGGGAGGAGUCACCGAGAAUAACAGACCAUUUGAUUGGACUUAGUGCGUGUGAAACCAAACACCAGCGGGGCCUUAGCGCUGGCAUGCACUGUUCUCUAUGUUACACACUGACAGGCCACGGAUUACUAAUACUACCACGGUCGGAGUAAAACCUCAGUUCAUGUGUUGGCUUUGGAGUGGACGUACUGAUGAGUGUCAUUGUUGAUUUGGAACAUUACCACAGACGUGUGUAUGUGUGUACGGACGUCGUGAAACCAACGCCAUGUGAAAGUUGUAGCAACACAUGAAAAGGAGGAGGGUGCUUUACCAACUGUUAUGGGAUUUUAAUGCGUGUUGAGGGUGUCAAGUCAAACUUUUAUACUUAGCAAUUUUACUACGUUGCUGACUCUGAAGCAUUUUUAUGAAACACUUAACAUUUCACACUGACUGUGAGAAUGGGCAGCAGUAGCAUUGUGACGGUGCUUAUUGCGACUUUGUUGUUACUGGUCGUGCCGAACGGGAUGUUGACAGUGCAAAGUGAAACCGUCCGGGAUUGUGAGACCAUUCAGAUAGAUAUGUGUAAAGGUCUUGGGUAUAAUGUGACAGGAAUGCCAAAUUUUGUUGGUCACGAAAUUCAACUGGAUGCCCAACUUCAGUUACAAACAUUUACUCCUCUAAUCCAAUACGGGUGUUCUUCACGACUCAAGUUUUUCCUGUGCUCUGUAUACGUCCCAAUGUGUACAGAGAAGGUCCGGGUACCCAUAGGACCCUGUCGACCACUGUGUGAGAAUGUUAAGAACAGGUGCCAACCAGUCCUCAUAGAAUUUGGCUAUCCUUGGCCUUUAGCAUUAAACUGCUCUAAAUUCCCUCCUAAAAAUGAUCAAAAUCAUAUGUGUAUGGAUGGACCUGGGGAAGAAACGGAGGAACCAACACUUAAGCCUCCUCCUUCUAUCCCGAACAAGGUUAUACCAAGACCACAAAAGAAACAAUGUAAAGAAUAUCGUAAUUCAAACAACUACAUCUUUAUCAAUAGGACGGAGAGAUGUGCUAUGAAAUGUGGAACGAACGACGCCUUCACAGCUGAGGAUAAAAAGUUCACCGACAUUUGGAUGUCCAUCUGGACAGGAUUAUGUUUUAUCUCGACGCUCUUUACAGUACUAACAUUUCUCAUUGAUUCUCAGAGAUUUCGGUAUCCAGAACGGCCCAUUAUAUUUCUGUCAAUGUGCUUUAACAUUUACAGCAUAGCUUAUGUUGUAAGACUGAUUGCGGGUAGGGAGUCCAUAGCGUGUGACACGGACGGUCAGAACAAUAUCCGAAUAUUGAUUCAAGAAGGACUGGAAAAUACAGACUGUGCCAUUGUGUUCUUGUUAUUGUAUUACUUUGGAUCAGCGAGUGCACUUUGGUGGGUGAUUUUGACACUGACUUGGUUUCUGGCAGCGGGACUAAAAUGGGGACACGAAGCCAUCCAGUUACAUAGUAGUUACUUCCAUCUGGUGGCUUGGGCAGUCCCUGCAGUAAAGACCAUAGUCAUACUGGUCAUGAGAGACGUUGAUGCUGACGAAUUGGUUGAAAUCUGUUACGUUGGUAACCAAAAUACAAAGACACUUUUGGUGUUCGCAAUUGUCCCUCUUCUAGUCUACCUCGUCAUUGGAGUUUCCUUCCUCGUUGCUGGAUUUGUAUCCCUGUAUAGAAUACGUGAACAAAUCAAGAGUGAUGGAGUGAAAACAGACAAAUUAGAGGUGCUUAUGGUCCGAAUAGGAAUUUUUUCAGUGUUAUAUACAGUCCCUGCCACGUGCGUUGUUGGCUGUUUAUUUUAUGAAUAUGUGUAUAGAGACACGUGGUAUAGAAAAGAUUCAUCUAGUUUACCAAAGAUUGAAAUUUUUAUGUUAAAAAUAUUUAUGUCACUUGUUGUGGGUAUCACAAGUGGAAUGUGGAUUUGGUCUACAAAAACUGUGAAUUCUUGGAGCAACUUCGCUAGAAAAGUGUGUUUUAAAUGUUUUAGAAAACAACGUGACAGGAAAAAUGUUGAAUAUCACAUUCAAAGUCAUCAAUAUCAACUUAUUCCAAUUAAACAACAAAAUCGGACACUUCGGGUCGAGAAAUCCAAGAGGAUAAAAACAGACGGUGAAACAGUUGUGUGACAAGGAAAGCAUAAAAUCCAAAAUUUGUGUUUAAAACGGCUGGGCUUUAUGAUACUGUGAAUGAAGAUUGUGGGCCAAGAGUGAGCCAAAAUACGUCCUCUGCUGAUUUCUUUGCAUUGAACGAUGGCCAAAUACUCAAAAAAGUAUUAGUUUUAAAAGGGUAAUUAUUCAUAUCAGCUAUGAGUUUAACUUGGUUCAAAUGAUAAAAAGAAAAUAGUUCCAAAAUUAGAUAAUUAUCCAAAACAAUAAGAAAAUCAGCUGAGUUUACUUAUAAACUUGGAACUCAUUCAUUCAGCAUGGCAUCCAUUGUGUUCAGAGAAAUUUCAAAUGGUGAUUUACUUGUUGUUUUACAUGUUCUGUUUUCUAAUGCAUUUAUAUGGCAUAGGCAAAAAAUGGUUUACCAUCACCGGAAAGCCGAGUGCAAAACAUUUUAGUGAUACUGGCAGGCCUACGUGUAACUAGCUGGCAGAUGGAGGCUCGGCGUAAAGCGGACCAGACCAUGGCUGUCAGGCUUCAUGCAGAGUCCUCCAUAGGCCUCAGUUUUUCUUCUCUGCUAUUUUCCACUGUAAAAGCCUGGUUACCCGAAUACCGCUGACAUAUGUGGACUCGACUCCAUUAACCACUAACUAAAAAGUUUCUGAAUCUAUUCUCUCGACUGCAGUAAAAUACAAACCCGUUUAUCGAGCUAAGCGGCAAAACACUCGCACACUACAGUGUAAUACGCCCUAAUAUACAUUUUUUCUAGUGGUCCUGUUUCUAUAUAGGGGGCCAGGGGUCUCAAAAUGUUAUACAUUCAACACGGGUAUGUUAUCAGCUUUCAGGCAAUACUAUAGUGCACACUCACUCCCUCUGGUUACAAAAAAGAUCGAUAAAUAUAACAGAAUGCUCCUCAUAUCUGUCUAAAUCACAACCAGAUUCGAAACUCUAAUCUGUUACAUAUUUUUUACUCCAAAAUAUUGCCUACCUAUACAUGUCAGCUAGUCACACGUAAACGCUGCUUACAGUUUUGAUUGUGUCAUCUGUAGCUUUAAUAAGGCACAAAAUCACAAGUUCAUGCAGGAUUUUGUUUCACCAUUGUUCUUGUUCAUCAAUGUGUUGAUGUCAAUAUUGUUCACCAUUUCUUUAUUUUUGUUAUUUAUGAACGAAUAUAAAACAAACAGUUAAACUUA